AUAAUUUUGUGCACAUACCUACCACGUUUUUAAAGCACCGUUCCUUAUCAGCUAUUGUUAUAUCUUAAAAAGUUGUUUUAUAAUCCGUCCGGUCAGCGAUCACUAUUGACUGGUGACUGCCCGUCUUGAACCGUAUUGAGCUCUAAGCAAUUUAAAAUAAUCGGAAAAAUUGUUUCUGAAUUAAUUAACUUAUGUAAUACUUUGUUAUUAUAUUCACUGAUAUAAUAAUAUUGCAGUUGAAGGCCGAAGGGUUAUUAUUGCUUAUCAUUAUUUUCUACAAAUAUUUCGUCGUGACGAAACAAUUCCAAUAUUCGUACAGACCUCACAGUCGUCUCAACGGAUACACAUACAUAUUCAUUAUUUCUCUACCGACCCCACGUGAGAUACCUAAAGCCAUAUUAUAAUAUUUCGGUAUUGUGAUUGAUUAGCUUUGAUCUUUGAACAAUAUCGAACAAGAACUGGCUGUUUACAUUUAAGUUCCAAUUAAAAUUACCACAAGUCUUUAAAAUAUAAUUGUAGUUACCUACUUAGGUACUUAAAAAAAAAAUUAAAAUGUACUUACGUCCAAUAUUACGUACCUCAGUUAAUGCUCAACGGCUUCGUUUCAUAAACAAAUUAGUUACCAUGUCAACUAGUGCAAUGGAAGCAAAAUCUAAUAUUAAAACAUUGGAUGAUCCAAAUUUAAGUCUUCCAUUAGAGACUGCUGAUCCUGAGUUAUAUGCUUUAGUUAGUCAAGAGUCUCGGCGACAGAAGAAAGGACUUGAACUUAUAGCAUCAGAAAAUUUUACCUCAGUAUCGGUUUUACAAUGUCUAGGAUCUUGUUUAACUAACAAAUAUUCAGAAGGUCUUCCGGGUGCAAGAUAUUAUGGUGGUAAUCAAGUAAUUGAUCAGAUUGAAGUUUUAUGUCAAAAAAGGUGUCUUGAAACAUUUUCUUUGGAUCCAAAUCUUUGGGGUGUCAAUGUACAGCCAUACUCUGGUUCACCUGCAAAUGUUGAAGCUUAUACGGCUCUUAUUGGAGGAACCAAAGGACGAAUUAUGGGCUUGGAUUUACCAGAUGGUGGUCAUAUCAGUCAUGGUCUAAUGGCUCAAAAAAAAAGAUUGUCUGCAGCAUCAAUAUUUUUUGAAACUUUACCAUACCACGUAAAUAUGGAUACUGGUUUAAUUGACUAUGAUGAGUUGGAAAAAUCAGCAAAGAAUUUUAAACCCGAUAUUAUUAUUGCUGGUGUAACUUCCUACCCACGGACAUUGGACUAUAAACGUUUUAGAGAAAUAGCUCAGGCUAGCGAUUCAUACUUAAUGGCUGAUAUGUCACAUAUUAGUGGUUUAGUAGCUGCUGGUGUUAUUCCCUCGCCUUUUGAAUAUUGUGAUGUGGUCACAUCUACUACUCAUAAAACAUUAAGAGGUCCUCGAGCUGGAGUCAUAUUUUAUCGUAAAGGAGUUAAAUCAGUAUCAAAGACUGGUGAAAAUAUCAUGUAUGAUUUAGAAGACAGAGUAAAUGCUGCUGUUUUCCCAGGAUUUCAAGGAGGUCCUCACAAUAAUGCUAUUGCAGGAAUAGCAGCUGCUAUGCGCUUGGCGACUACCCCGGCAUUCAAAGACUAUCAAAAAAGAGUUUUGAGCAAUUGUAAACAAUUAGCUGAAUCUCUUAAACAGCUUGGAUACAAAAUAUCUACUGAUGGUACAGAUGUGCAUAUGUUGUUAGUUGAUCUUCGGCCAAUUAAUUUAACAGGUUCUAAAGCAGAGUUUACAUUACAAACAGUAGAGAUUGUGUGUAAUAAAAAUACUGUUCCUGGUGACAAAAGUGCAAUGAAUCCUUAUGGUAUUCGUUUGGGUACACCAGCUCUUACUACACGAGGAAUGAAAGAAAAUGAUAUCAUUAAAGUUGCUGAAUUAAUUCACAAAGGUUUGACCUUGGCAUUGGAUGCUCAAAAAGUAUCUGGUCCAAAAUUGGUGAACUUUAAAUCCACUCUAACAUCAGAUCCACUGUUUGUUGAUCGUGUCAAAGACAUCACAAAAGAAGUAGAAGAUUUUGCGGAACAGUUUUAUAUUCCUGAACUAUAAAUAUUUUUAUCAAGCACUAAAGCGAUAACAUUGAAUUAUUUGUGCCAAGUUAUGAAUUUAUAUUUUUGAUACUGCCUUAAAAUAUUUUAUACAUUCCAAAAUAAUUAUCAAUGGAAGAUGUUUCUACUUUUUUUUAAUUGUUAUCGUAUUUUUUUCAUAUAAUAAAAAUAAAAAAUAUA